AUGACACAUACUGGUGCACUGCGAGGUCAUUGGUCGCUGGUGGCAAAAAAGGCUUGCGUGGCUGGACAGAAUGCUGAUAACAACCACUAUUUACAGGGCUUGUUGACUUCGCGGCAUGGAAAGGUGGUCAUGGAGGUGGUCAUGGAGGUGGUCAUGGAGGUGGUCAUGGAGGUGGUCAUGGAGGUGGUCAUGGAGGUGGUCAUGGAGGUGGUCAUGGAGGUGGUCAUGAGGGUGCAAUGGGUGGAUGUGGAACGCUAG